UCUAAACAUCUGUCUGGAAGGACAACACACAGCAGCUGCCGGAAAACUUCUCCCCCAGGUCCGCCAUGGAAGAUAAGGCGCCGCCACCCACCACCGUACUUCAACCUAUCCGUUGUAAAGCUGCUGUGUGUCGUAAGCCGGGGGAGGCACUAGUGAUGGAGGAGAUAAUGGUGGCGCCGCCUAUGGCUCAUGAAGUUAGGAUUAGGAUAAUAUGCACCUCUUUGUGUUACAGUGACAUUACCGUCUGGAAGAUGAAGGAUCCUCCUGGGAUUGUUCCUAGAAUUCUUGGCCACGAAGCCAUCGGAGUGGUUGAGAGUGUAGGGGAGGAUGUGAAUGAAGUUAAGGAAGGAGAUACUGUCAUCCCAACAUUCAUGGCUGACUGUGGGGACUGUAAAGAUUGCUUAUCAAAUAAGAGCAAUUUAUGUUCAAAGUUGCCUUUCAGUGUGUCUCCUGGACUGCCCCGAUGUGGGACAACCAGAUUCACAGAUCUCAAUGGAGAGGUUAUUCAUCACUUUCUGUUUGUUUCAAGUUUCAGUGAAUACACCGUGGUUGAUGUCGCCAAUGUAACCAAAGUAGAUCCUGCUAUCCCUCCAAAUAGGGCAUGCCUCCUCAGCUGUGGGGUAUCAACAGGGGUUGGUGCAGCAUGGAGAACAGCAAAUGUGGAGAAAGGAUCCACCGUUGCCAUAUUUGGAAUAGGGUCCAUUGGUUUAGCUGUCGCUGAAGGGGCAAGACUCUGUGGAGCAGCCAGGAUUAUUGGGAUAGAUGUCAACCAAGAUAAAUUUGAAAUUGCGAAACAAUUCGGAGUCACUGAGUUUGUCAAUUCUAGAAGCCUCGGCGAUAAAUCAGUAAGCCAGGUGAUUAAUGAAAUGACGGGUGGGGGAGCGGACUAUUGCUUUGAAUGUGUGGGGUUGCCUUCCUUAGUUCAAGAGGCAUAUGCAUGUUGCAGACAGGGUUGGGGAAAAACCGUCGUGUUAGGAGUGCACAAACCAGGAUCGGUAUUGAGUUUUGACUCGUUGGAUGUUCUUCAUACUGGAAAGACUCUUGUAGGAUCAUUGUUUGGAGGAUUAAAGCCAAAAUAUGAUAUUCCUGUUCUCCUUCAAUGGUACACUGAUAAGAAACUUGAGCUGGAUAAAUUUGUGACUCAAGAAAUGGGUUUCGAAGACAUCAAUAAAGCUUUCAGUUUGCUCAUCGAAGGAAAAUGCUUGAGAUGUGUGAUGUGGAUGAACAAAUGAGCUGCCACCAACGGUCGAUGAAUUGUUAUACCCUAACACACAAGAGAGUGAUCAUAUUAUACCGUAAACACACAAGAGAGUGAUCAUAUUGUAUUUAUCGACUCGAAUGGUAUAAAAAUAAGAAAACGAGAUUUC